CUGUUUUCUAAGUUCAGUUCAAUUUGUGAUGUUUUUGGAAAUUGUAAAAAAAUCACAGAUUACAUUAUGAAUUCAACAGACAUAAUGAAAUAAAAACACACAUAUGUUUUGUCGAAUUCUACACAGUUUUAUUCUGUACAGGACCAUGGAUUCGUGACCACACUGAUCACAUUUUUCAGUCAACUUAAAAAUGUGACCUGUGUGGUGACGAAACCAUGGUCCUGUACAGAAUAAAACUUUGUAGAAUUUGACAACAUAUGUGUCUUUUUAUUCCAUUAUGAAACGGUUCUAAAUAUUGAAAAUGACUCAGUCGAAUUUUCAACAGACAUACGUGAUCCCUUUGAGAAUAUUGUACUUCAAUUUUAUUAUUCAACUUAAGUAUUUUGUUUUUCAUUUCUUCAAAGGAGACAUAAAGGCGUCAUGCGCCGACAAAACCUCAGAAGGGCGCACAAUCACAAGCAUAAUGGGGAAGCUGGUGACGCUCGACGUAGCCGUUAACUUUUCUUGGAAGGGAGUGCAACGGAAGGAUCAUAAAAUAGAGAAGAAACCAUUCAAGGAUCUGCUAAUAGCCAAAGUUAUGAUUGCUGCUACAAAACGGUGCUGGCCAAAAUCAGAGUUGAAGCAAGUCCAAUUGAAAGCAGCUACAUGGCUUGCACAAGCCCAAUCAAAGUUGGACAAAAUGAAUCAGCCAACACCAGCUACAACAGACCAGCUAAUCGACAUCGAUUGUGAAGAUGAGCUUGUCAAAUAGAUAAGAAUAUAGUACAUAGAAAAGAUAGUAGUGACAUCAUAAACAAUAAAUUAGUAAUUGAUUAUAA